AAUCCAUUAUUUUAUCUCUGAAUAUAUGGUUGUGAUAUGUAAGAUCAUACUUUCUUGCAUGUUGAGAAACAGAGCACAUGAUAUUGCCAUUCUGUCAGAACGUCCCUAUCUGUAAUUAAAUUGCUUUCUUAUCAACUACUGUACAUUAAUUUGAAGCUUCAAUAAACCAUUAUAUAAAGCAUAUGAUAGGCAACGCACCAGCACACUUUCCUCUAUAACUCCUCUGCAGCAUCUUUUACUUCCUUCAGCAACCUUCAUAAAAAUGGGUAUUCGUAUGCCUCGGAUCCUUCAAGCAAAACAAAUUCUCCAAAGGUCUUUUUCAAAUGGAACUCGCACAUCAACAAUGGAUCUACCAAAAGGCUAUUUUGCAGUUUAUAUUGGGGAGCAAGAACAAGAAAAGAAGCGCUUCGUGGUUCCUGUGUCACUGUUAAGCCAACCUUCAUUUCAAGACUUAUUACAUCAGGCAGAGGAAGAGUAUGGAUAUGACCAUCCAAUGGGUGGCCUCACAAUCCCAUGUAGUGAGCACACAUUCUUUGAUCUCGCAACUCGUCUGGGCGCAUUAUGAGUUCAAGUUAUUGCAUUAUAGUUGUAACAGUUUUUUUAUUAGCACUGAUCACUGACCUUUUUGCAACAUGCGACGCUCAUCAGUUGUCCAGGUUGUUUUGAAACUCAAAUUCGGACUUCUUUCAAAUCCACUCUGUAUUGAUUAAUGAUAUAAUGUAGACUUGAAUGACAAACAAAAUUCAGUGUAAAUAGUUUUCUCAACAACAGUUUUAACUCGAUUUGAAGAUCGUCUGUGGAUUGAUAUAAAUCAUAUACGUAUUUUGUCCUAGGGUUCCUAAGAUAGAAUCAUCUUAUGCUCUAACUGUAAGACAAGUCUUAAGAAGAAUUCUCCAUAGCUAAUACUCGGAAAGGGGAGAUGCCCACAAUUUCUUAUAUUAGAUUUGAAGCAUCAAACACCUAACUAAAGCAUACUACGAGUAUCUUCUUGCCAAAUUAAACUCUCGUAUAAACAAAAAAAAAAAUCCAUUGUGGGGGCGACAAGUAAUCAAUAUUUGUUGCCACAUUAGUCCAAACUUCCCAUUUAUCACUAUGUAUUAGGCUUUACGUGAGGGGAUAGCAGGAGAGGUGUGGAGACAUACCCACCUAGAGGGAUUCUUCCAUUUUCAUAUGAAUUAAAGAUUUAUCUAUAAAAAGCGGACAUCAUCAAAAUAAAAUUUGUGUAUGUGGCUCUUUAAUUAUGUAUUAUUAAAACAAGCCAUAACCCUUCAUCUGAUUCAUUAAGGUAGUCCUAUGUAGCCUAUUGCCAGAAUAAUCUAUAAGAAAUUUUUGUAUAUUUGUAUUAAAUAAGUUUGCAUUCCUCCGGUAAUAGCUGUCAGGUUGUAGCAGGUCCUCUAGUUCUCUUCCAACAAAUAUUAAGUGACAAAUGUGUGAGCUCCAUAGGCGUCAGCAUACUCUUUUGGAGUUAUUUCAUUAUAUUUGUAAACUAAAGUCCCAUUCUUAUCUACUAAUAUAUUUAUUACUUUUUAUGCUCAGAAUACCUUUUUAGAGUUGUUUCAUGAUAUGCGUAUCUAUAUGGUAUGCCCUUUGAAUACAAAAAUAUAAAUUGAUUACAUGCAGGAAGAUGGAUGGCGACAAUGCUCAUGAUCAUUUAGGAUUUAAUCCAAAUGUGUUCAAAAGACUCAGACUCUCUUCAGGGACAUUCUAAUUAAUUUUUAUGGUUCAAUAAGUAAAAGGCCAUGUAGGCCAUCAAUUCCAUUUCAUUUAGUAGCAGUAGAUCAUGGAUAGGUUGUUGCUAUCUUUUAGGGAUUUCUUUGCUUUAUGUAAUUCGUUCCUUUCAUUUUGAGUUUGAGCACCUAAAAAUAAAACCAGAAAAUUGUCCCAAAAGCUUCCCCUG